CACAAUGCAUCGCGUAAAGCACCGGAUGAGCAAAGAUGGCGGCAUUUCCGACAUCGUUGUUUUUGUAAACUGUUGAACUUUGUUCUUUUCUGCAAAUACAGUAUUUUAAAGAAAAUCCUCUUCAGGUUUAUAUGUGUUAUUUAGGACAGUCACAUCGCUAGUUUGUGUGGGCUGUUACAGUGCGUGGUGUCGUCUGUGUAUCUGUCCGCUGCUGUCAGUGAACAGCGGGUCUGAUAUUUAAAGUAACCAGAAAGCGUCCCUCAGCCCGGUCAUGAAGCCGUCUCUGACUCCGGUCCAGAAGCUGGUCGCCCACCCGGACUCCCGCUGCUGGUUCGUCAGCUGGAACCCGACUGGGACCUUGCUGGCCUCCUGCGGGGGGGACAAGGCCAUCCGGAUCUGGGGACUGGAGGGAGACUCUUGGGUUUGUAAGACUGUGCUUCAGGACGGACACCAGCGCACGGUGAGGAAGGUGGCCUGGUCUCCCUGUGGGAAGUAUCUGGCCUCUGCCAGCUUUGAUGCAACCACAUGCAUCUGGAAAAAGAAGAACGAUGACUUUGAGAGUUUGACAGUGUUGGAGGGACAUGAAAACGAGGUGAAGUGUGUGGCGUGGGCCCCUUCAGGGAACCUGCUGGCAACAUGUAGCCGAGACAAGAGUGUCUGGGUGUGGGAAGUGGAUGAAGAAGACGAGUAUGAGUGUGUAACCGUUGUGAACUCUCACACACAAGAUGUCAAGCAUAUCGUGUGGCAUCCAAACCAGGAGCUCCUGGCUUCCGCUAGCUACGACAACAACAUUUGUAUUUACAAGGAGGAGGACGAUGACUGGGAGUGUAAGGCCACGCUGCAGGGACACACCUCCACAGUCUGGAGUUUGGCGUUCGAUCCGUCUGGACAGCGGCUCGCCUCCUGCAGCGACGACCGCACCGUCAAGAUUUGGAAAGAGUCUCCAAACCAAAGUGAACUGGGAGACUUGUCGUGGAAGUGUGUUUGCACUCUGUCUGGGUUCCACGGACGAACGGUGUACGAUAUCUCCUGGUGUCGGCUGACAGGCGCGCUGGCCACUGCCUGCGGGGACGAUGCAGUGAGAGUGUUCAUGGAGGACGAGACGGCUGACCCAGAGCAGCCGGUGUUCUCUCUCGCUGCUCAGGUGACCAGAGCUCACAACCAGGACGUCAACUGUGUGUCCUGGAACCCCAAGGAGGCGGGACUCCUCGCCUCCUGCAGCGACGACGGAGACAUCACCAUCUGGAGGUUUCAGCCAGAAGACUGACUCACAUGAAGCUCACACUGAACACAUGUUGUCGCUAGCAACACUGGGAAAUGUGGUCCCCGCCAUGUUGUGCAUUCCACGUUACAGCUCGUUUGGCAGUAUUACAGUGCUUUAACACGUCAUGUCUGCUUCUUAUUUGAUAAUAAUGCUUCUGCAGAUCUGCUUUGUGAGUCUACAUAUUUCUUUAAAAGCUUUAUUGAUAUUUCAUGUUUAUAUAAAUAAAUGAUUAAAAACAA